UCCCAGUUCGUCAGAGUGAGAGGCAGGACUUCCUGUUCUGUUUUGGAGCGGCUGCCGGAAAUAACUGAGGGCGAAUCGGCGUGUCCGGAGGCCGGUAGAGUUUGGGGUGGCAGUGCUAAUUGCAGCUUUCGGCGCGAAAAAUGCCGGGUCUGGCGGCCGCAAUCCCUGCCCCGCCUGAAUCGCAGGAGAAGAAGCCGCUGAAGCCCUGCUGCGCCUGCCCGGAGACCAAGAAGGCGCGCGAUGCGUGCAUCAUUGAAAAAGGAGAAGAGCACUGUGGACACCUAAUUGAGGCCCACAAGGAGUGCAUGAGAGCCCUGGGAUUUAAGAUAUGAAAUGGUGGUCUGCGUUGUGAAUGAAUAAUUCCUGAGAAGUGAAGAAGAUUCAGUGACUUUGGGAGUUCUUUGAUGAACUUUGCUAAAUAAAAAGUAUUUAUAAUUUGUUAGAAAAUAUAUAUCCCUGGUUAAAAAUC